UCAGCAGCCAUCUUGUGUGCGUCACUAUCGACGGUCGAAGGCAACAGACAACAGACGGAGGCGUCUGCUAGAAAUGCCAUAGAACGAAAAUCAUUUAAAUUGGUGUCAAUAUUCAAAGGAAGUUUCUCUAUUCCACGGAGAAUUUGUCAAUUAGCAGCGUUAAGCGAUGUUUUACGCUCACUUCGUGCUGGCCAAAAAGGGCCCUUUGGCCCGUAUUUGGCUUGCUGCUCACUGGGAUAAAAAGCUGACCAAAGCGCAUGUUUUUGAGACGAAUAUCGAGAAGUCUGUUGACGGCAUUCUGCAACCUAAGGUCAAAAUGGCUCUGAGAACGUCGGGUCAUCUUUUGUUGGGCGUGGUGCGAAUUUACUCUCGCAAAGCCAAGUACCUGCUUGCUGACUGCAAUGAAGCUUUUGUCAAAAUUAAGAUGGCCUUCCGCCCAGGCAUGGUAGACUUGCCUGAAGACAAUCGUGAAGCUAACGUUAACACCAUCACCUUGCCUGAAGUCUUCCAUGAUUUCGACACAACAAUUCCCGAGUUAAAUGAUGUGGACAUCCAGGCCCAGUUCAGCUUGAACCAAUCAAGAGCAGAGGAAAUCACUAUGAGGGAGGACUAUGGUUCCAUGGCUCUGGCAACCACAAGCAAUGCCCCAGGAGCUGAGAACCUUGGAGUGGAUGAUGAAGGUUUUGGUGACAUGUUGAGCUUUGACCGCAAUGAGUCUGGGCCAGCUGACCUGCUGAGGGACGCCUCUGCUGCUGACCAGGGUAACUUGCUGUUCAGCGACCACAACGUCACCGACCACCGGGCUGACAGGAGCGUGAGGCCUUCAACUUCAGCAGCGCCCCAGCCAAUGGACAUCGACAUUCCAAUCAGGGACGACGGCUUUGGUGGCAACCUCGGCCAGGACAUCAUCGGAACUGGCCUCUUCGAAGGCGGUCUCUUCGACGACGCCCCGCUUGAUGCGCCUGGCCUUCCUCCUGAGGGCUCAAGCGUGCAGGAGGAAGCGGCCAGAGCGGCCGCAGCAGCUGCUGCUCUCGUCGGGGUGUCCAAGGGAGAUCUCGGAAGAGCCGCGCAUUCUGAUGAUUCAGAUGACGACGGAAUGGACUUUGGAGGCGCACCAUCGCCCAUGGGAGGCCACAGUGAUGACGACGACAACAGCAGACCUGGAUCUGUCCUUCUCAGCGCUGGUUUGGGAAUCGCAGCUGGAACCGCUGGCUUGCCUGGCGUUCCUGACAUAGGACACCUCGGUCUUCCUCCAGAUAUUGGUGGUGAUGCUGACCGAGCUGCAGAUCAGACUACCCUGAUUCACAACGAGGAGGAGAGCUUUGCUCUGGCACCUGUAGAUACAGCGACUGUUAAGGGCUUGUCAAAGGCAAAGAGGAAGCGAAAGCUCAUUGUCGACGAGGUCAAAAAUAUAUCUGGAGAAGAGAUGAAAGCUCAGCUGUCAGACACGUCUGAUAUUGUCACCACCCUGGACUUGGCGCCGCCGACAAAACGACUCAUGCAUUGGAAGGAGAGUGGCGGCGUGGAGAAGUUGUUCGCGCUGCCUGGAAGACCCAUUCCUGCCAGACAAUUGUUCAAGUGUUACUUGAGGCAUCUUACAUCCAAACCGUCAGAAAACGAAGACUUUGGUACCUACGGCGACUUGGACAGAGAGCUGGUUUUGGAGCAGGUGCGAGGGGCGCCUGACACAUCUGUACUUGGUCAAAUAGCUGACCUGGCAGCUUCGGGAUUGGCGGAAGUUGAUCAGCCGCAUUCCAUGCUGAUGCCGCCUGCAACUCCUGCCACACCUCAGAAGGGCAAGCCUGGUCGCAAACGCAAACACCCUGAAGAGGAACACCCACCGUUGAUCUUGGAAUCGCCACAGACCCCUUUGAUGCCGCCGGUCCUGCCUCCAGACAUGUCAAACCUGUCCAAUCUCCUUCCUCCCGAGCACCCAAUGCCAACGCCAGACCACCUAGGUGCGUCUGUGCUUGGCAACCAGCUGCACUCGACCCCCGCGCCCUUGAUGCACCACGACCAGAGUCUGGCUGACCCGAGCCUGCUGUUGAACGCGACCCCGCACGCACUCAGCGACCAGAGUCUGUUGCACUCGAUCCAACAGCAGCAGCAGCAGAUGCCGGCCAUGGAGAACCUCGGCUAUGACCAGAGUCAGGCGCCGCUGAUGGCCAACAUGGGCUACGACGAUCAACUGCCGCCCGCGGUCACACCCGGCGGCCACGGCCCCACCACCCCGUGGCACGACCUUGACAACGAAGAGUUCCCGCACAGCGUCGGACCGCCCGAGGAGCAGCAAACAGACGAAACGUAUGAACAGUACGAGGAGAGAGUGCUGAACAAGAGAGCAGCGCACAUGUAUCAAAUUCUGAAGAGCAGAAUUGACGCUUCGUCCCAGAAGCCCAUGUUUUUCUCGGAGAUGACUCACCGCAACAGCCGCAAGCAGGUGGCUCAAAAGUUCUACACCCUCUUGGUACUGAAGAAGUUUGAAGCCGUCGAGUUGCACCAGGAUAAGUCUUAUGCAGAUAUUGGUAUCACUCCUGGACCAAAGUUUGACAACAACAGUAGUCUUUAAAAAAAAUGAGGCGUGUGUAAGUUAAGCUAGCAGGACUGUCAUAUCAACGGUCUCAUUUUUAUGACGUAGUCAGUUCAGUUUGGAAAGAUGCUAAUGCUGUAAAUGCUGCAGAGUCCCCCCUAAUGGAUGUUAACAUUUUAUUGUAUAUUAAUCGCAUAUAUACACACAAGAGUAAAGAAAAAGAUGCUCUUUUAAACUUUACGAACUGUAUAAUUGUACAUUAAAUAUGAAGAAGUCGCAUCCAAAAGGAAGAGAAAUGAAUAGAUUAAGAUCGACUUUUACCAUUACAUAUAUUGUUGGGCUGUUGGAAGUUCUGGACAUUGUUUUGAUUGCGUAAAUGACGAUUCCAAAGGUUAGUUGAAGCACUCGGCCAAGCAGUUGUGAUCCAAAUCACUGUUAGUCAAGACCUCCCCAAGUUGUGCCUGAUACUGUAUCAAUUUUUAAAUAUUCUACAAUUAAUAUGCUAUGGCUUUGUGUACCAAACCACAUUCUGUUUUCUGAAUGAAUGGUUUGCAUUGAAACAUAUUAAUAGAGCACGGUGAAUGUAAGGAAAUAGAAUGAAUGAUCAAUAAAUUGCUGAGAAGAAA